CAAAUGCGUGUUUCGAUUGGUUUGUUGUUUCGGCAAGAUCACCUCCCCAGGCAAAUGCUAUAGCGUAGUCUUUUACCCUUCCCAGGUACCCCGCUCAGCAAACAAACACAAAUCUCCGUACACUGCCAGCAGCAACCCGCCAGCGUCACUCUUGCACUUUCUGCUACUCCUAUGCAAUUGUGAAUUUCAUCAGCGACGCGUUAGCUCGCAAGCAGGAUUCUCAUAGGUUCCGAGGAAGUAGGGAACAGCCAUGGAGGACCCCAAGGAAGAGCCCUUCGCCCAGAAUGCUGUGGUGGUAGACCCACAGCUGCUUCUUCGCCACAUCGAGAAACUACUUCCUUUAGUCAUAGAUUACGACGGUUCGGAAGCAUUCAGUACUGCCGACGCUAUUGAGAAGGCAGGCCGGUUUUGCGCCGACUCGCAGACGCAAGUUCUGUACAUCGUAAAGGAGAAAGGGGAUACCACCGAGGGCGCCGAUGAGGGAGAGAACGAGAAACCGGCAAACCCGCUUUCGUUGGGGUUUGAUUUGACAUAUAGCCCGAAACAGAUCGCAGCAGUAGCUGUCAUCAAGCGAUACCCAUAUCUCGAUGCGACACGUUCGCUGCAGCAACAGCUGCAGAUCACAAACCUGCCCGGCCCUGGGGAAGGGGGGAAUCCGUACGAGAUAUUACACUCGUACAUUCAUAAUGCCAUAUCGCCAUUCUUCGAUGCAUUCGCCGUUUCUAAGAACGCCGCCACUUCGUCGGAGAGGUCGACCCGGGAUGAGAAGGAAGGGAGAACAGGAAUACCGAUGGCGAAGAAGAAGAUUGCAGAACUGGAACUCUCAUUGCUACAGCUUCAGCAGAAUGUGGAGAUCCCGGAUGUGGUGCUGAACUACAAUCCCAUUGUGCAGCGCACCGUCGACCAUUGUCAUGAAAGUGGGAAGCGAGUCAAUGCGGAUGCUGUGGGGGACCUGGUGGACGAUUCUGCAUUCCUUAACAGACUGCAAGCGGAUGUGAAUGGCUGGAUCAAGGAGAUACAAAAGGUGACGAAGCUGAAUCGUGACCCGUCGUCUGGCACGGCGAAUCAGGAAAUCAGCUUCUGGCUGAAUCUGGAGCGGAGUCUCAACUCCAUCGAAGAGCAGCUCCGGAGCGAUCAAGUGGUGUUGACCCUUGACAUUUUGAAACAUGCGAAGCGUUUCCACGCGACCGUUAGUUUCUUGGCGGACACGGGUUUGAAGGAGGCGAUGGAGCGCGUGCAGAAGUACAACAUCUUGAUGAAGGAUUUCCCGCUGAACGAGCUGCUAGCCGCUACCGACCUGAGGAAGAUUCAAACAUCAUUGGGAAUGAUAUUUGGACACCUUACGAAGAAGCUCAAGCUCUCUCCAUACCCUAUUCGACGUGCUCUCCCGCUCGUGGAGGGGAUAUCCCAAGACCUGAACGAUCAGCUACUUCGUGUUCUCAACAGCCGUCGAUUGAUGUACAUGGACUACGCGGAGUUUGAGAGGAUUGCGUUGGGUUGCGACGAACUGUUCCGCACCUGGGAUGAGCAAGUGAAAGAGUUCACGAAUGUCGCGAGAGACCUUACUCGGAAACGGUCCGAGAAGUUCUUACCGAUUAAGCUCACGCCGAUGCAUGUCAAGCUGCAGGAGCGAAUAAAGUUCAUUCAUGCGUUUAGGAAGCAGCAUGAGCAGCUUUAUGAGACUAUAGUGAAGGUCAUGCGUACGGAGAAAGGCGCGAAGGCGAAAGAUGGGAUGGGCGGGAGAUCGGCUAGCUUAUCGGAUGGCAAUGCGCUGGAUGACGUGCGGCUGGCGUAUGAUACCAUGAAGACUGUCGAUGUGCUUGACCUCACACCUGAUGGAACGGAGCUCUGGGUAUCUGCGGAAUCAUCGUACAAUGACAAAGUCGCACGGGUGGAGAACCAGAUCAUUGCACGAUUACGAGACAGACUGGGCACAGCGAAAAAUGCCAAUGAGAUGUUUCGCGUGUUCUCCAAAUUCAACGCGCUUUUCGUGCGGCCAAAGAUUCGGGGUGCGAUCCAGGAGUAUCAGACGCAGCUGAUUGACAGCGUCAAGGAAGAUAUCAAGAAGUUGCAUGACAAGUUCAAAAUGCACUACAGCAACUCGGAGGCUCACAAAAUGAGUCAGCUACGAGAUCUGCCGCCAGUCGCGGGUGCUAUUGUGUGGGCUCGGCAGAUCGAGCGGCAACUCGGACACUACAUGAAACGCGUUGAGGAUGUUCUUGGAAGGGGCUGGGAGCUAUAUGCGGAAGGGCAGAAGCUUCAGAUGGAAAGCACUUCUUUCAAGAAGAAGCUGGAAACCCGCCCAAUAUACGAUGCGUGGCUCGCAGACAUCCUCAAACGUGAUGUCUCCGUCACAGGCCGCAUUUUCACCAUCACGAAGAAUCGGGCGCAGGGAAACGCAUUACAGCUCGCGAUCAACUUCGACGGUCAGGCAGUCGAUCUCUUCAAGGAGGUUCGAAACUUGAUCUGGUUGAACUUCCAGGUUCCGCAUACCAUCACUAGCAUUGCGAAGGACGCAAAACGUGUACAUCCUUUCGCGGUCUCACUCACUGAAACCGUGCGCACUUAUCUGCAAACGCUGCAGAAGGUUGAUCGCAUGAAGGAUAUCCCGCAGCUGGUCGUUGUGUAUAGGCGGGACAUACACGCGUUGAUCUCGAAGGGGAUUCAGCUACGAUGGGAUUUUUUCGUCAACGUGUACGAUGUUCGCGCGAUGACCGCAAACAACAUUGAGAUCAAGGAGAACCGACACGUCGUUUUCGUCCGAGACUUUGCGAGCACGGUGUCGCUCUUCCAUGACAAGGCUAACGCUGCUGUGCUGGUGUCCGAGGACGUCCAACAAUUGAUCAAGCAGUUGGAAGUAUGUCCGUUCGAGCUGGCUGCGUUCCAAGAGCUCCUUGGCAAAGUCCAGAAGCUGAUCGAUCAACUGAAUAUUGAGGGAUACUCGAACCUUCGAACAUGGACGCAACAACUCAAUGACCGGAUCGAGAGCGUGCUUUCCGUUCGCUUGGACGCAGCCAUGCAGGCGUGGAUAUCUGCGUUCGUCGGCCAAAAGCAAGAUGCCGCGAUGGAUACCAAACGGCGAAAGCUGCCCGGGGCUGGAAAAGAUUCCAAAAAUGUUCAGGAGACGGACAAUGAAGCCAAGACGCGGUCCACGUAUGCCCCGAACCUCGAGACCUUGGUGCAUGAGAUCAUCCUCAAGGAUCAAGUCAUGUCCGUGUCUCCGCCCAUUGAGGAAGCAAGGAAGAACUGGAUACAACAGCUACAUUCCUGGUUAGCAAACGUUUGCUCGCUGACCUUCAUCCAAAGCUCAACCUACGACAUGGCCGUUGCUACAAAGACGAACGAGCCGUCGUCAUUCGCAAAACUGUUACACCGAGUUUCCUCAAAAGUUGAACAAUGUUACGAUGCCAUUGAGCUCAAGACGAAGGAAUUGCGGGACUACUGCGAUAUCUGGCUCCAAUACCAGUCCUUAUGGGAUUUGGAAUCAUUCUAUGUCUUUGAAUUCCUGGGGGAUAAUCUUCGGAACUGGCAACAGCUCGUGCUGGAGGUCAAGCGAGCUCGGUCAACGUUCGACACCUCCGAAACCUCAAAGUCCUUCGGAUGGGCAGUUGUCGAUUACGAGCAGGUCCAGUCGAAGGUCAACACGAAAUAUGAUCAAUGGCAACGUGAGAUCCUCAGCAGAUUCGGAGCAAAAUUAGGCACGAGCAUGAGAAGCUUGUUUGACUCUGUGGCACAUGCCCGAACAGAGCUUGAGCAGCACGCCAUUGACGGGAGCUCCACGUCGGAGGCCGUUACGUUCAUAACCUUCUUGCAGUCAGUUCGCAAAAACGUCGAAGACUGGGCGGACUCGGUAUCCAUCUUCAAAUCUAGUCAACGGAUUUUGGAGCGUCAACGCUUCCAAUUUCCGAAUGAUUGGCUAUACUACGACAACAUUGAAGGAGAAUGGGGAGCUUUCAAUGAAAUUCUUCGUCGGAAGAAUGAUGCUAUCAGGCAGCAGAUAGGAUCACUGCAGCAAAAGAUCAUAGCGGAAGACAAAUCCGUCACCAAAAAGAUCAAGGAACUUGCUGCAGAUUGGGAAGAGCGCAAACCUGUGCAAGGUCAACUCAAACCGGCCGAGGCGUUGGCUCUGCUGAACCUGAUGGAAGUUCGUGUCACGCGAAUCAAAGACGAGUACGAUCAGGUGUAUCGAGCGAAGGACGCUUUGGACCUCGAUCGCAAGAAGGACCCUCGCCUGGAAAUUGUUCUGGAAGAGCUUCGCGAUCUCAAAGAAGUGUGGACUUCACUUUCCACGCUGUGGUCCGGAAUCGGCGAAAUCCGUGAAACUCACUGGAACGCUGUUGCUCCUCGCAAAAUACGUCAGCAGCUCGACCGGUUACUUCUGUCCAUGAAGGAGAUGGGCAAUCGCGUUCGGCAAUAUGCUGCAUUUGACUAUGCGAGGAACAUCCUUCAGCGCUACCUAGAUGUAAAUUCGCAAAUCACGGAAUUGAGAUCUGACGCUGUCAAGGAGCGCCAUUGGAAGCAAUUGUUCCGUGACCUUGGGUUGGAGAGCCAAGUCACCCUUACUGACCUGACCAUCGGGCAUCUGUGGGAUAUCGACCUCCGCAAAAACGAACUAAAAGUACGAGAUGUCUUGACAGUGGCACAGGGCGAAAUGGCCCUCGAGGUGUUCCUCAACCAAGUCAAGGAAACGUGGUCCGCAUUUGAGUUGGAACUGGUGGCCUAUCAGAACAAGUACCGGUUGAUCAAAGGAUGGGAUGAUCUGUUCGCAAAAUGCUCAGAAAACCUCAAUUCUCUCGUCGCUAUGCGGCAUUCGCCUUAUUUCCGAGUUUUCGAAGAAGAAGCUUUGGGUUGGCAGGAUAAGCUGACACGCGUGCAAACGUUAUUCGACGUCUGGAUCGAUGUGCAGCGACAAUGGGUGUACCUGGAUGGUAUCUUCUCGAACAAUGUGGACAUCAAGCAUUUGCUACCCGUUGAAAGUGCAAGGUUUCAAAGCAUCAACACUGAGUUUAUGACUUUGAUGAAGAAAGUUUACAAGUCACCUUUCGUGUUGGACGUCCUUAAUAUUCCUGGAGUUCAGAAGGCGAUGGACCGACUGGCGGAUUUGCUUGUGAAGAUCCAGAAAGCCCUUGGAGAAUAUCUGGAACGAGAGCGAUCGGCCUUCCCCCGGUUCUACUUCGUCGGGGAUGAGGACCUUCUCGAAUUGCUCGGCAACAGCAAGGAUAUUAUCAGGCUGCAAAAGCAUCUGAAGAUGAUGUUCGCUGGGAUUUCAAGUCUGAUUCUCUCUGAAGACACGCUGACCGUGGAAGGAAUCAAAUCCAAAGAAGGCGAAAGCUUAAGCCUUGUUCACCCCAUCUCGAUCAAGGACAACCCUCGCAUCAUCGAUUGGUUGAAGAUGCUUGAGCACGAGAUGCAAGUGUCGCUUGCAACGCAUCUGUCGGAAGCGGUUGCAGCUCAAGCCACCUAUUGCGAUGGCACAAAGCUGGAUGGACCUGCAUUUUUGAAAUGGAUUCAGGCCUAUCCGGACCAGUUGGUCGUUCUUGGAAUGCAGAUUUUGUGGACGAAGUUAGUGGAGGACGUCCUGCGAAGUUCCGGAUCUCUCGCGCAUACAGCUGGAAUAAUCGAGUCGGCUCUGAACAUCCUCGCGGACUUGGUGCUUGAAGAUUUAGAGUUGACCUACCGGCGCAAAUGUGAGCAUUUGAUCACGGAGCUGGUGCAUCAAAGGGAUGUCAUCCGGACCCUACUCAAGCGCAAAGUCACAAGCCAUUUCGACUUCCAAUGGCUCUACCAUAUGCGAUUCUACUUCGACCCCAAAGUUGUAGAGCCGAUGGCCCGCCUAUCGGUGAGGAUGGCAAAUGCUAAGUUUUCUUAUGGUUUCGAGUAUCUGGGGAUCACCGAUCGCCUCGUGCAAACCCCUUUGACAGACCGGUGUUAUCUGACACUCACACAAGCUUUGGCCGCACGUCUGGGAGGAAGUCCCUUCGGACCAGCUGGAACGGGAAAGACCGAGAGUGUGAAGGCGCUGGGUACUCAGCUUGGUCGGUUCGUUUUGGUCUUCUGUUGUGACGAAAACUUCGACUUCCAAGCGAUGGGUCGCAUCUUCAUCGGCUUGUGUCGAGUUGGAGCCUGGGGAUGCUUUGACGAAUUCAACAGGUUGGAGGAACGCAUCCUAUCAGCUGUAUCUCAGCAGGUCCAAACCAUACAACUGGGCCUUAAGAGCGGCGCCAGCGUCGAGCUGGUUAGCAAGUUAGUCACCGUGGAUCCGAACACGGGAAUCUUCAUCACCAUGAAUCCCGGGUAUGCAGGACGAUCGAACCUACCCGAUAACCUGAAGAAGUUGUUCAGAAGUGUCGCGAUGACCAAGCCGGAUAGAGAGCUCAUCGCUCAAGUCAUGCUAUUCUCUCAAGGCUUCCGAUCGGCCGAGCUUCUCGCGUCGAAGGUGGUACCACUUUUUGUCCUCUGUGCGGAGCAGCUAUCUGCUCAAAGUCACUACGAUUUCGGGUUGCGUUCUUUGAAAAGUGUACUCAUCAGCGCCGGUAAUUUGAAACGAGAGGCGUUGCAAGGUGCUGCACGUGGAGGGAAGACGAUCGGAGCGUCUGGCGACGUAUCCGACGCCGCUGGAGAGCAGUACCUGCUUAUUCGAAGUAUUCGGGAGACGAUGGUUCCAAAGCUUGUAGCCGAAGAUAUCACGUUACUGCACAGUCUACUCGAAGAUGUAUUCCCAGGAAUCAACUACAGCCCAUUCGCGUUGGACGAGCUACAGCUAGCGAUCAAAGGAGCCUGUGCGAAACGCCAACUGGUUGCCGAGGGACCUUGGCUGGACAAGGUCAUCCAGCUCUACCAAAUACACAAUAUACAUCACGGGUUGAUGAUGGUGGGUCCAUCCGGUUCGGGGAAGAGUACCGCCCAUCAAGUUUUGCUGGAGGCGUUGCAGAAAAUCGAUGGAAUCGAAGGUGUCUCGUAUGUUAUCGAUCCGAAGGCGAUGUCUAAAGAGUCGCUGUAUGGAAAUAUGGACUCGACCACCCGCGAAUGGCACGAUGGUCUUUUCACGCAGAUUUUGAGGAGGAUCGUUGACAACGUGCGUGGAGAAGCCGCGAAGCGCCACUGGAUCAUCUUCGAUGGCGACGUCGAUCCGGAAUGGGUCGAAAACCUCAAUGCUGUCCUUGACGAUAACAAAAUGCUGACGCUGCCCAACGGUGAGCGUCUGAACCUGCCACCCAAUGUCCGCAUAAUGUUCGAGGUCGAGAAUCUGAAGCAAGCAACUCUUGCCACCGUCAGUCGAUGCGGGAUGGUGUGGUUCAGUGACUCCACUGUGGAUAUGGAAUUGUCCAUCGCCCACUACAUGGAAACGCUUCGCACGGUGUCGGUCACAGACGCAGAUGAUACAGUCGCAUUCGCUUCUACCCAAGUGGAUACGCAAGCUCCGGCGCUGGAAGUGCAGCGCAUAGUGGCCGAUAUUCUAUCGGCUCACAUGCAGAAGGACGGUCUUGUUCACCGUGCUUUACGGAAAGCCGAAGCUAUGGAACACAUCAUGGAUUUCACAAGAAUUCGGGCCCUCAAAGCGCUGUUUGGAUUGAUCAAUAGUUCGUUGCGGAACAUUUCGGACUACAACCUGUCCCAUCCGGACUUUCCCCUGACCGUGCAGCUUCUCGAAGAUUACAUCACCAAGCGCUUGCUGUUGGCUAUCCUCUGGAGUUUCACAGGAGAUUCGAAGCUGGAGACUAAGAUUGAAAUGGCGACGUACCUGCGGACUCUGACCGCAAUAGAUCUUCCCGGAGGAGGUUCUUCUUUAAUCGACUUCGACGUAGAUGUGGCCACAGGGGAAUGGAUUGCUUGGCAAUCCAGAGUGCCUACGGUGGAAAUCGAAACCCAUAACGUUUCCGGUGCAGAUGUCGUUAUCCCUACCGUCGACACAGUUCGACAUGAGGAGACGCUUUACUCUUGGUUGUCUGAGCAUAAGCCACUGAUUCUCUGUGGACCUCCGGGGUCCGGAAAGACUAUGACUUUAUUUUCAGCAUUGCGAAAGUUACCGGAGAUGGAAGUGGUUGGUCUCAACUUUUCCAGUGCCACUACUCCCGAGUUGAUCAUGCGCACUUUCGAGCAACAUUGUGAAUAUCGCAAGACCCCUUCUGGCACAGUGUUGGCACCCUUAGCUGUGGGCCGCUGGCUUGUUUUCUUCUGCGAUGAAAUCAAUCUUCCGGCCGCGGACAAAUAUGGAACGCAACGGGUGAUAUCUUUCAUUCGGCAGCUCGUUGAGCACGGAGGCUUCUGGCGACGUUCAGACCAUUCCUGGGUUCGCUUGGAGAGGAUCCAGUUUGUCGGAGCAUGCAAUCCGCCAACUGAUCCAGGCCGAGUUCCCCUAUCUCAUCGAUUCCUCAGACACGCGCCAGUACUUAUGGUCGACUAUCCAGGCGAGGCGUCGCUGCUACAAAUUUACGGCACGUUCAACAGGGCCAUGCUUAGAGUUGUUCCAAGCCUUCGCGGCUAUUCAAACCCCUUGACUGCCGCAAUGGUCGAGUUCUACUUGACAUCGCAGAAGCGGUUCACGCCAGACAUGCAAGCACAUUAUAUGUAUUCGCCCCGCGAACUUACUCGAUGGGUCCGAGGGAUCUUCGAGGCCAUUAAACCGCUGGAAAGCAUGAAUGUGGAAGGGUUGGUGAGAAUCUGGGCUCACGAGGGACUUCGACUAUUUCAAGAUCGGCUAGUCGAGCAAAAGGAGCGAGAAUGGACAGACAAGCUCAUUGAUACCGUCGCUGGACAGCACUUCCCCGGGAUAAAUUCCGAGGACGCCCUAUCGCGUCCCAUCCUUUUCUCUAAUUGGCUAUCGAAGGACUACGUUCCAGUGGCCGCUCAAGAUCUUCGAGUUUUCGUACAAGCUCGGCUCAAAGUCUUCUACGAAGAAGAGCUCGAUGUCCCACUUGUCUUAUUUGACGAUGUUCUGGAGCACGUCCUGAGGAUUGACCGGGUGUACCGGCAAAUGCAGGGUCAUUUGCUACUUAUCGGCAUUAGUGGUGCUGGAAAGACAACUCUAGCGCGUUUCGUCGCAUGGAUGAAUGGUCUCAGCGUCUUCCAGAUCAAAGUUCACAACAAAUACUCUGACCUUGAUUUUGACGAGGACCUCAGAACCAUUUUGCGCCGAGCAGGCUGCAAGGGAGAGAAAGUGUGCUUCAUCAUGGAUGAGUCGAAUGUUCUCGAAUCGGGCUUCCUGGAGAAAAUGAACACCUUGUUGGCGAAUGCAGAGAUUCCUGGCUUGUUUGAGGGAGACGAGCUUGCGUCGGUUCUCUCAAUAUGCAAGGAAACGGCGCAUAGAGAGGGAACGACAUUGACAACCGCGGAAGAAACCUACAAAUGGUUCACAACACAGAUCAUGAAAAACCUUCACGUCGUUUUCACCAUGAACCCGCCACAAGAUGGCUUAGCCUCUCGAGCAGCUACAUCUCCUGCGCUAUUCAAUCGUUGUGUUCUCGAUUGGUUUGGCGAUUGGUCCAACCAGGCUCUUUACCAGGUUGGGCAGGAGUUCACGCAUUUAUUGGAUAUUGAGCAUCGACGCUACGAAGCCCCGCUCCCGUUUCCUAUCGUUUACGAGGAUCUUGCGAUGCCGCCAAUUUAUCGCGACGCAGUCAUCAAUGCCUUCGUGUUCGUCCAUAGGUCACUGCGUGACGUGAAUGAGAGGCUUCUCAAACGGCAGGGCCGAGUUAAUUUUGUGACGCCUCGACAUUAUCUGGAUUUCAUCAACCACUACGUCGAACUCUUCCGCGAGAAGCGUGAGGACCUGGAAGAUCGACAGCGCCAUCUCAAUGUCGGACUUGACAAACUCAAGGAAACUGUUACCAAGGUGGAAGAACUGAGGAUAAGUUUGGCUUCGAAAAGACGAGAACUCGAAGUGAAGAACAAAGAAGCGAAUGAAAAGUUACAACGAAUGGUAGCUGGGCAGCAGGAGGCGGAGCAGAAAAAACAGGCCUCUCUGGAAAUCCGGGCUGAACUCGAGCGACAAAAUUGUGAGAUUGACCAACGCAGAGACAUUGUUCUGGCUGACCUCGCCGAAGCGGAGCCAGCCGUGCUCGAAGCACAAAACAGCGUCAGCGGCAUCAAGAAACAACAUUUGCAGGAGGUCAGAACCAUGAGUAACCCGCCGGAAGCAGUCAAGAUGGCUAUGGAGUCCGUAUGUAUCCUUCUGGGCAACAAAAUCGAUUCAUGGAAAGCUGUGCAACAGGUCAUCAGAAAAGACGAUUUCAUCCCGAGCAUCGUCAACUUUGAUACUGACAAGAUGAACACGAGGCUUCGAGAAGAGAUUGAACAAAACUACCUAACGAAUCCGAAAUUCAACUUCGAAACGGUAAACCGUGCUUCGCAAGCUUGCGGGCCUCUAGUCCAAUGGGCUAUCGCGCAAGUGAAAUACUCUGGCAUUUUGGAGCGAGUUGGACCAUUGCGGAGAGAAGUCCAGCAGUUGGAGGCGAAAGCAGAGGUCGCCCAGCAGAGAGCGACUGCCAUCGAGGCUAUGAUUCACCAGCUUGAGGAGAGCAUUGGGAAGUACAAGGAGGAAUACGCCGUUCUGAUCAGCGAGACGCAAUCUAUCAAGACAGAGAUGGAGACCGUCCGCACCAGAGUGGACAGAAGUUUGCGCUUACUAGACGACCUCUCUUCCGAACGGGAGCGUUGGGAGUCGGGAAGUCAAACUUUUGGGGAACAGAUGGCGACCAUCGUGGGAGACGUCCUAAUCUCAGCAGCCUUCAUCGCGUAUGCCGGAUUCUUCAGUCAAGAGUACCGAUCCUUACUGGUAAACAGAUGGACGCAGCAUUUGAAGCUGGCUGGGAUCAACUUCAGAGAGGAGCUUUUCCUUCCGGAAUACUUGUCAACUGUGGACGAGAGGAUCGAUUGGCAGACGAAGUCGCUUCCGGCCGAUGGUCUUUGCACUGAAAAUGCCAUUAUGCUGAAGCGGUUCAAUCGAUACCCUCUGCUCAUCGAUCCAUCGGGACAAGCGACCACUUUCCUCACAAAUCAUUACAAAGAGCGGCGUUUGACCAUCACCAGUUUCCUGGACGACUCGUUCCUGAAGGUGCUAGAGUCGGCCCUUCGAUUUGGCAAUCCGCUACUUGUCCAAGAUGUCGAGUACUUGGAUCCUAUUUUGAACGCAGUGUUGAACAAAGAGCUGCGUAGAACUGGGGGACGAGUUCUCAUCCGACUUGGGGGCCAUGAUAUCGACUUCUCACCAUCAUUCACUCUAUUCCUAUCCACUCGUGACGCAUCCGCCAACUUUUCUCCCGACUUGUGCAGUCGCGUAACGUUUGUGAACUUCACCGUGACGCGUGAGAGCUUGCAGAGUCAAUGCCUGCAUGAGGUCCUGAAGGCGGAGCGUCCAGAUACGGACCAGAAGCGCACCGAUCUCAUCAAGCUGCAAGGAGAGUUCCAGCUGAAGCUCCGUCAUCUGGAAAAAUCCUUGCUCAAAGCUCUCAAUGACUCCGAAGGCAACAUUCUGGAAGACGAUCACGUCAUAACGACGUUGGAGACCCUGAAGUUGGAGGCGGCGGAAGUCACAUGCAAAGUUCGGGAGACGGAGACAAUUGCGCAGGAAGUGGAGCACGUCACGAACAUGUACACGCCGUUAGCUCAAGCCUGCAGUGCGAUAUUCUUCAUCAUGGAACGCAUGAGCACUUUGAACAGGUGCUAUCAAUUCUCGCUGGAAUUCUUUCUGGAGAUCUUUCGGAGUGCAUUGUAUAACAAUUCCGCACUGAAAGACGUGCGAGCCCCUACUCAGCGCCUGCCCAUACUGACGGAUGACCUGUUCACCAUCGCUUUCCGGAGGGUUUCCCGCGCUCUUGUCAAUGACGAUCGACUGGUCUUGGCCAUAUUGCUUGCACGGCUCAAAAGCCUUGGAGUGUCGAGCGCCUUGAGACCCGAUGAUUUCACAGAACUGUAUGGAAGCAUUCACCAGGGUGGGAAUGGAGCGAUAGUUUCGGACAAGAUAUCUCACACUUUCGGGGAUGAUAUGGGGAGAAAGAUUGCGGCACUGUGCGCAUCGCCUCGGUUUGUGGGCGUACGAUCUCAAAUUGAGGGCAACAUCUCCGAAUGGACAACUUUCCUACAAGACGACAAUCCGGAAGUGGCAAGCUUGAAGAUAGGAGAUCGGAGCACCUCACAGCUAUCGGAGAAACUCGAUCGACUCCUGAUUGUCAAGCAUUUGCGACCGGACCGUCUGAUACCGGCAGCCGCCGAGUUUGUCCAAGCGAUUUUCGGUGGAACCCUAGAGCUGACGGCAGAGCACGACGUCGAAGCGGUCAUUGCGGAAACCGACUCCUCGGUUCCCGUAGUUCUAUGCUCAGCCGCCGGAUACGAUGCAAGUGAUCGCGUCGAAGCUCUUGCAGCUAAACUAUCUCAUCGCCUAAGCUCCAUCGCUAUGGGGUCUAGCGAAGGGGCCGCUCUUGCUGAAGCGGCACUGUCGUCGGCCAGCAGAUCUGGGCAUUGGGUACUAUUGAAAAAUGUGCAUCUUGCCAUCGCUUGGCUCUGCCAGCUGGAGAAACGGCUUCAGAGUCUCAAGUCCCACACAAACUUCAAGCUCUUUCUGACCAUGGAGCCGCAUCCGAAGGUGCCUACAAACUUGCUGCGCAUGUCCAGAGUGCUCAUGUUUGAGUCCCUUGCCGGCAUCAAGGCGAACGUCUCCGAGUCAUUUUCUUCCAUCGCAUCAUCCACCAUCAAAGCACCAAGCGAGCGGUUGCGCCUGCACUUUCUUCUCUCGUGGUUGGACGCCGUCGUCAAAGAACGGAUGCGAUAUGUCCCACUUGGUUGGUCCAAGACGUAUGAUUUCAACGACGCAGAUCAGUCGAUGGCGUUGAAUGUUAUCGAUGACUGGGUAGAUUCGAUAUCCCAAGGUCGCGCCAAUAUCGCCCCGGAGAAUAUCCCAUGGGAAGCUAUUCGAACAAUCUUGAAGGAGACAGUGUAUGGAGGCAAGAUCGAUAACGAUUUCGAUCAAAGACUGCUGGACACAUUCGUCGACCGGUUGUUUACCCCAUCGAGCUACAACGUCAAUUUCGCCCUGGUCGAUGCGGGCGAAAACCAAGCGGCGGUGCCAAUACCGGAUGGGAUUCGCAAGGAGCAGUUCACAUCUUGGAUCAAAAGCUUACCGACGCAACAGCCUCCUUCUUGGUUGGGAUUGCCGAACAAUGCCGAGAUGGUGGUUAUGGCAGCCAAAGGAGCGGAUUUGCUGUCAAAUGUUCGAAAGCUGGCGACAAUCGAGGAAGACGAAAGCGGAGGUGCGCCGACACCUGGAACUCAAGCUGUCUUACACGAACAAGCCGCUUGGUCGAAGAGCUUGCGUAAAUUGGUCGAUGAAUGGUUGAGCAUCCUCCCGUCGACUCCGCCGGACCUUACGUACAGCAAAGCAUCUGCGGCUGAUCCACUUUUCCGCUUUUUUCAUCGGGAAAUCACCAUCGGGAAGGAAUUAUGGCGUAUCAUUCGCGAUGACCUCUCGGAGUUGCGUAAAUUAUGCGAAGGACAGCGGAAACAAACCAAUCAUUUGCGUUCUCUGACAGCUUGUCUGUUACAAGGCUCUGUACCUCAGCACUGGCAAAAGCACAAGUUUCCAAAGCGGUUGUCCUCCACUCAGUGGAUCCAUGACUUCGUCAAACGUCUGGAACAUCUUAAUCAUGCUUCGAAAUCAAGCCGGUACCAUGAAUUGGAUAUCUGGAUCGGCGGUUUCUUCAUGCCCGAAGCUUUCAUCACCGCAACGCGUCAGUCGCUUGCGCAUGUGCACAAAUGUUCAUUGGAAGAGCUGCAGCUGGAUGUUGGAAUAGUGAGACAAGGUCAAGCUACGUCAGCAAUCAAGGACGAAACCAGAUUCGUCCUAACAGGGCUCGGAAUUGAUGGUGCAGAUUGGGCACCAGAAGGCCUCGUUCUUUCUUCCAAGCCACAAACGCGGCCUGUUGCCAUUCAAAUCCAGUGGAUCAAGAAGGGCUCCAAGGUACCUGCGACGGGUAGUGUCGUCUUACCGGUAUAUGUAGAUGAAGACAGGAGCGCCACACUCUUCACAGCCUCUUUACCAUGCAAGGCCCCAUCCGACGCGCUGAACAUGAUUCAGCGCUCUGUAGCUAUCCUAGCCAACAUAUAUUGAUCACCCUCUCAUUGUAUGUAUAUAUACACACCGGCCGAAUCUGUAACUUAUGGUAAAUCAUGGUA